AUGAUGUCCCGUGGAUCUCUUAGAACGGCGCAGGCCCUCCGCGCUGCCGCCACCCAGCAGCCUCUCGCCGCCCGAGGCUUCGCGACCGUCCAGUCCGACAUCUUCAAGCCCUCCAAGUUCGGCAGCAAGUACACCGUCACCCUCAUCCCCGGUGACGGUAUUGGUGGCGAGGUCUCCGAGUCGGUCAAGACCAUCUUCAAGGCCGACAAUGCCCCCAUUGAGUGGGAGCAGGUCGCCGUCUCCGGUAUCCAGGAUGCCAGCAACGCCCAGGCUGCUUUCCGCGAGAGCGUCGCCUCCCUCAAGCGCAACAAGCUCGGCCUCAAGGGUAUCCUCCACACCCCCAUCGAGCGCUCCGGCCACCAGAGCUUCAACGUCGCCUUGCGCCAGGAGCUCGACAUCUACGCCAGCAUCUCCCUGAUCAAGAACAUCCCCGGCUACCAGACCCGCCACAAGGACGUCGACCUGUGCAUCAUCCGUGAGAACACCGAGGGUGAGUACUCUGGUCUCGAGCACCAGAGCGUCCCCGGCGUCGUCGAGUCUCUCAAGAUCAUCACCCGUGCCAAGUCUGAGCGCAUUGCCAAGUUCGCCUUCGCCUUCGCUCUCGCCAACAACCGCAGCAAGGUCACUUGCAUCCACAAGGCCAACAUCAUGAAGCUGGCCGAUGGUCUCUUCCGCAACACCUUCCACGCUGUUGCCAAGGACUACCCCACCCUCGAGGUCAACGACAUGAUUGUCGACAACGCCAGUAUGCAGGCUGUCUCCAAGCCCCAGCAGUUCGACGUCAUGGUCAUGCCUAACCUGUACGGUGGUAUCCUGUCCAACAUUGGUGCUGCCCUUGUUGGUGGACCCGGUAUCGUCCCCGGCUGCAACAUGGGUCGCGAGGUCGCCGUUUUCGAGCCCGGCUGCCGUCACGUCGGUCUCGACAUCCAGGGCAAGGAUCAGGCCAACCCCACUGCUCUUCUCCUCAGCGGAACCAUGCUCCUCCGCCACCUUGGUCUUGACGACCAUGCUAACCGCAUCUCCAAGGCCACCUACGCCGUCAUCGCCGAGGGCAAGGUCCGCACCCCCGACAUGGGCGGCCAGUCCACCACCCACGAGUUCACCCGCGCCAUCCUCGACAAGUUGGAGACUCUGUAA